CUCUAUAUUUACGAUUUUCCUUCUUUUAACUUCUCCUUCUUUACCCACUUUCUUUACUCACUUUCCUUUGCUUUAUAGUUUUUACUAUGCGUGCAAGGCAUCUCAUGAACCGCCUUAUAUACACUACUUGGUGACCCUCUUUUGCUCUUUAUAUUUCUGUCAUUUCUUCUAAUAUCUAUUGUCGCAUUUCAAUUAUAUCGAAAGAGAGCUUGGUUGUGGGGUUUAGCUCAUAUUUCAGCUUGUUUACUUUUCGCGGAGGAUCCAAGUGAGAGUAACGUCGUCUUAUCUUAUUUAGUUCGAUUGAAAUUCAGGUAUUUUUAAGUUCAACAAAAUUUCUCUCAAUUAAAGUUUACAUAUUGAUUUUGGGUUUUUCAUUUGGAUCUAAGUUCGUCUCGAUUUCCUAGAGUAGUGGUUGGUGCAAUUUGGUUCAGCUUAGUUUUGACAUUCUGUACUCUUUCUUUAUCAUAAAUAUCUUUGUUAUCUUAGUCAAAUUAAAGGAUUGCCAUUUCGGUUCUGAAGAUUGUAGUUUUCUGGGGUUUCUUAAGCUAAAAUAUUCAGUAACCCAAGAUUUCAUACCGAUUCUUUUUCAUAGUAAAGCUGUAAUAUUAAGUUCCUGAAAUACAAUUCUGGGUUUUUCCUCCGUAAUCAAUUGGAUCACCAUGAUGGGAGGACAAUCUAGCAAGAAGAAAGGUAGCGAUGCAACGCCACCAGCCCUCCAAAUGAAAAUUGAUUCCCAAUUCUCAGCUGAUCUUAGCUCAUAUGAGGCUGCUUGUACACUUGAUCCGGACUUGCAAUCCUUUGAUAAUAUCAUUCAUGAACGUACCAGCCGUGUUAUCAACACACUUUCUACCGGUGUUGAGGUUCGUUCCUUGUCUUUUGACUCACUCAAAGAAGUCACCGGAUCUCUUCUUGAUAUGAACCAAGAAGUGGCCAAAGUAAUUCUAGAAUGCAAGAAAGAUAUAUGGAAUAAUCAAGAAUUGUUUGAUUUGGUUGAAGAGUACUUUGAGAGUAGCAUCCAGAUCUUAGAUUUUUGCAAUGUUUUUGAGAAUUGCCUCAAGCGUGCUCGAAACAGCCAAUUAAUUAUUAAGCUUGCCGUUAAGCAGUUUGAGGAAGAAAUGGGACUACAGGAUGGGGUUGAUGAGAAAAGGUAUGUCAAGACAUUGGAGGAACUAAAGAAGUUUAAGGAAGCUGGGGAUCCAUUCACAGAGGAGUUCUUUACCUUGUUUCAGUUGGUGCAUAAGCAGCAGCUGUCUAUGUUACAGAAAUUGCUGAGAAGAAAAAGAAAGCUUGAUAAGAAACUGAAAUCCAUGAAAACAUGGAGGAUGGUGUCAAAUGUCUUGUUUGUUUCUGUAUUUGUGUCUGUAUUAAUUUUCUCAGUGGUGGCAGCUGCCAUUGCUGCUCCACCUUUCGUUACAGCUUUGGCUGGUGCAUUGGCUGUUCCAAUUGGUUCAGUGGGGAAAUGGUGUAACUCUCUCUGGAAGGGGUAUGAGAGUGCGCUGAAAGGGCAGAAGGAUUUAAUUAGUUCAAUGCAGAUUGGCACUUUAAUUAAAAUCAAUGACUUGGAUCAUAUACGAAUACUUGUGAACAAAUUGGAAAUUGAGAUGGAGUCAUUAUUGAACAAUGCUGAUUUCGCUGUCAGAGAAGAAGAUGUCGUGAAGCUUGCCAUUGAUGAGAUAAAGAAGAAGUUGGAAGUUUUCAUGGAAACUAUUGAGGUUUUAUGUGAACAUGCUGAUAAGUGUAGCCGUGAUAUAAGAAGGGCCAGGACAGUGAUUUUACAGAAGAUAAUCAAAUAUCCCAAUAAUUGAAGAAGCCUUUUGGUAACAGUACUGAUGACUUUCCCCAUGAUUGUUAUAUUAUUAUGUGAUGUGCUAGAUAAAGAACUACUAACUCUACACCACGGAUCAAUUGGUUUUGAAUUGAUCCUCUAUAAAAGU